AAUAAAACUGGGCAGCAUACGAAGCGCGUCUAGGCGGGCGGCGAAUCCGCCCAAAGACGUUCGUUAGACCGCUUUGCGUGGACAAAAAGAAAUUUUAAUAAUUUUUUUUAUCGGUGGUGGUGUUUUUUGUGUUGAUCAAUAUGGAUUCGGAUAGUAUAGAUCCUAAUGUGCUGGCAUCAGUGGAGUUUGAAGUGUAUGGGCAGGUUCAAGGUUGUUACUUCACAAAAUACUGCAAAGAACUGGCUGAGCAGAUCGGCAUAACCGGCUGGGUGAAGAACUCCAAGAAAGGCACCAUUGUUGGCAAGAUACAAGGGAACAAAUCUGUUUUGGAUCACAUGAUCGACUGGCUGAAGACGACCGGCUCUCCUGGCUGCAAGAUUGAGAAGUGUGAGCUGACCAACUGGGAGUACCUGGCCCGGUUAGACUACACCGACUUCGGCAUACGGUUUUGAGACUACUCAACUUGCUUUUAAGGUCCUUAUUGCAAAACAGCGUUCAAAACUCGACACGCCCGUAUUCACAAACGAUGCUUGCUUAAGUGAAGCAGCAAUCGAACGCACAGCUUUUAAUAGAGC